ACAGCACCUACUUCUCAUGUUCUUUGGAAGUCACCACAUCCUCGUCCCAUUGUAUAUUAUAGCGGCUUGAUAUUCGCCAUGUCAUAUUUCUUCAGCCCCGAAUUUGCGCGGGUGCUCAUCCUAGGCUUCAUCACCAGUCUACAUAUGACAUGGCGACGGCUAGUCAACCAAAUCGUUCCGGUCCCCUACCUCGACGAAGUGUUUCACAUCCCGCAAGCUCAAGCAUACUGGCUGGGGAAAUGGUCGCAAUGGGAUCCGAAAAUCACCACACCACCAGGCCUGUACAUCUUCUCGUACAUUGUCAAUUCUGUCAGGGACUUUUUCUACCUCAACUUCAAACCGUCGGUCAACGAGUGGAGAGCCAUCAAUGUCUUUCUCCUAUACCUGCUACUUGUCGCCUUGUACAUCUUAACGGCCGUUGGGAGGAAGACGGUCAACCAUGACAGCAUUCUGCAGCGGGAGUUCAGCAUCAUCUCGUUCCCUUUGAUCUUCUUCUUUUCAACCUUGUAUUAUACGGACUUGUUUAGUGUAUUUACUGUCGUGCUGGCCCACAUAUUCUGGUCGGCUUCAACAUCGGCCGAGGGAAGCAAGAAGGCAUUGUAUCAAUUCUUGCAUUUUGUUGCCGGCUUGAUCGCCUUGUCGAGUCGGCAGACCAACAUUUUCUGGGUGGCCGUAUACCUGGGAGGGCUACAGGUGGUGGAGAGCGUCAAGCGAGACAUUGGAGCCAACAAAGUCCAUGACCCUCCUAUGUCUGAAGCAUAUUUCGAAGAUUUCCCGAUCACCAGCAUUUCCAUCGCCCAGUCCGCUUUGACCGCCAUUCCCCAACUGCUGCUCGAUCUCUGGCCACAAAUAUUCCUAAUCCUCACGUUCGCCGCUUUUGUGGUUUGGAACGGAGGCGUCGUCCUCGGCGACAAAGACAACCACAUUGCCACCAUCCACCUCCCCCAAAUGCUCUACAUCUGGCCCUUUAUAGUCUUCUUCUCCUGGCCAGUCCUCCUUCCUCAACUUUCCCACCUAUCCGCGUUCCGCCGUCGCCUGCCCAGGCUCAGCACAACGAUCACGUGGAUCAUCCUCAUGCUUGUCACCGUCCACCUGAACACCAUCAUCCACCCGUUCACGCUCGCCGACAACCGCCACUACACUUUCUACGUCUUCCGCAUCCUCAGACAACAUUGGCUGCUCAAAUACGCGGCUGUCUCAGUCUACUUCCUCUGCGCAUGUCUGGUGCUGGCAUCGCUAGGGGGGCCCACUGAAGCCGAGCCGGCCUCGAAAACUGUGCGCAUCCUGUACGGAGAGGACACAGUAUGCGUGAGCUUCACGCUCGUCUGGCUGGUUGCCACGUCGUUGUCAUUGAUCACUGCACCGCUCGUCGAACCGCGAUAUUUCAUCAUUCCCUGGCUCAUGUGGAGGUUGGCUGUGCCCGAAUACAUGCCACGGUCCGACAAGCUACGGACAGUGGAAGUAGAGAAACGAGCAUCCUUGAAGGAUAGCCCAGCAUCACGCCCAAGCUCGCCCCUACAUAGACUAUUACGAACAGCAGCCGCCUAUUCGAUGUGGUUGGAGCUGAUAUGGUACCUCGUGAUCAAUUUGGGCACUUGCUAUAUGUUCUUGUACAGAGGCUUUGAGUGGCCGCAAGAACCGAGAAAUGUGCAGCGAUUCAUGUGGUAGUCUGAACUAUGGCCGUUCCUUGUCAGACAGAUUCCAACUAAUGCAGGCUUUGCUUUAUGCAACUGCCUGGAAAUUGAGUUAGCUCCGUCCAAAAGGCAUACGAGACGUCCGCGUCCCCUAUUCUCCACAAAAUCCAGGAAUGGCCAUCUGCUCUGACCAUAAAUUUUUCGAGUGAUCGACAGAAGCGUAAUAUCCAAGCAAUGCCCAAUAUUGCAGUAUAUGCCACGUAUUGGAACUGUCGGCGCUCUCGACAAUGAUAUUAGACAUUGACCACACUUGUUCUCCUUA